AUGGACGCGAAAAUGUGGAGCUUCCAGUCUCCCGUGCAGCCAGUCCUCGUCCUCCUUUUCUCCUCAAGGAUCGACAUGGUUGCCUUCCUGCUGCGUGCGCUUCUCCUUUGCGGGCUGCAGGGAGGUGCGCUCUCCCUGAGCGGACUUUGUACCGAAAAUCUGUGCUAUGCGCUUCUUGUGGAACCCAAAGACUUCCAAGGAGCGCGGAAAAGCUGCCGAGACUCCGACGGAGAUUUGUUGCGCCACCUCGACGUGGAAGCGCAGAGGCACUUGCUUAGCGGCCUCAGCGGGACUUUUUGGUUCGGCCCUUCUGUGGCACAAGGCCAAAACUGCCCUUCGUGCUCCGUGGGGCAGGGAGGCAACGUGACGAUCCAAACGUCGCCGUGCAGCGCUCAUCUCAGCGGCUACAUUUGCCAAUAUCCCAACGCGGAACCUUGCAGCGGCGUUUCCUUAGUGGGAGCUGCCCAGGUGGGCUACACGGCGCCCAUGGGCUUCGCGCUCAACACCUCGCGUCUCUUCCCUCGUGGAACAGUCGCAGUCGCGUGGGGGGCAGAAGCCCUCCACCCGGACGCCAAGUUCUUGUGUUUCCAGUCCACUUGGCUCAGAGCGCCGUGGAACUGCGAGGUGAUGGGAGGCGGCUGCCAGCACGCCUGCAACAAAACGACCGGUUCGUGCGCGUGUCCGCAGGACGAACGCCUCCACGUCAACCUCUUCACCUGCAGCCGGGACACGUGUGGCGGGUGCGCGCACCUGUGCGCCACCGUCGGAGGCUCCCACGCGUGUAAGUGCCACGCUGGCUACGCGCUGGCCCCCGACUGGAAGAGCUGCGAGGACGUGGACGAGUGCGAGCGUCCGGGUGUUUGCGUGGGAGCGGACGAGGAGUGCGUGAACACCCGCGGCGGGUUCGAGUGCAGGUGCAAAGAUGGCUUCGAGAAGGAGGAGGAGGUGUGCGUGGAUGUGAGCAUCUGCGAUAAAUGCGAGCACAUGCGUUGCGUGAAAUCCAACGGCACGUAUGCGUGUGCAUGUAAUGAGGGCUUCCGAGUGUCCCCCAUUGACCCCACCAAAUGCGAGAUGUUUUGCGACCAGAAGGAUUGCCUCGCGAACUGCAUCCCGAAUCCCGAAGGGGAGGAGAGGAACAUGCAUGCGUGCUUCUGUCCCGAAGGCUACGUCAAAGACAUCCGCAACAAAACCGCCUUUUGCACCGACAUCGACGAGUGCGACAUCCGGCUGCAGUGCCAACACAUCUGCAAAAACCUCUUCGGGAGUUACGUGUGUUCUUGCAACGAUGGCUACGAGUUGUUUGACGGCUACAUGUGCGUGCACCCAGAGGACGACAAAUGGACCCCGGCGUACCCCACGCCGGCCGAGUCACGUCCAGCCGCCUUGCCGUCGUACGUAAAAGCGGGCAGCGCACUCGGCAUCGGCGUCUUCUUGUUGCUUUGCAUGGUGGUGCUCUACUUUGUGGUCAGGAACAUGGCUAAGCGUUGUGGGAGUCUGGAGUUUCCCUCACUCAAAGCGUCCGAUAUGGAUCCUUUCUACCUGCAGCAGGUUACCACAGAGACGUACAAGCGGUUAUCUUUUGACAGACAGUCGAAAUGCGAUUCUCAAAGACUUUAACCACAACACAGAUCAGCCUGAAGCAAAACCUAAAUAGAAGAUGCUGGAAUGUAACGAAGCAAUCGUGGUGCACAUACACCUCAAACACUGUUUUAUUUAGAAAGCAAGUUUAUUAUAUUCCUGAAUAUAUUGUACUCUUUUGAGGGUUCAAUUGCCUUCCAAUGUUGAGAAAGUGUCUCACGUAUGUCCUUUAAUUUCUGUCACAAAUCUAGCCCGUUUGGGGGCAGGGGCGACCCCUAAAACUCUUCUGACCUUACAAUCACACCAGGUUAUAAAAAAAAAAAAAAAAACCUGGGACAACUGGUCUAAAAUCAAGCUACUUAAAAAAAAAAGUUCAGGUCUCCACCAAGACUUCCUAUAAUUGCCACAAGAUUAGUCGCUGUCCAACUCAAACUGAAAAUGUAUGCAUUUCAUUGGAUAAUAUUUGGGUUGCAUUGAGAAAUUAAAGAACAGGUCAAGAAAUCUCAUUUUCAACACUGGAAGUGUACCUUGACUUGGAUCAGCACCACAAUUAAGACCAUCGAAAUGAGUUUUAACUCCUCCUAACAAACAAAAUGUAUUCCUCCUUAAGGCAAUGACAGUGGAGUUUCCUCAAAAUUUAAAAAAAAAAAUAGUGAUGUUUCGGACAUACUUACACUUUCUAUGGUUUGGAAGCCAGACACUGGUUGAUUUAUCCUGAUUUUAUUUUAUUUUUAUCCUGAACUCGUGUAUUAUCGUGACUUCUCUCAAUUACAAUUUCAGCACCCUAUCACUAAAAAUAUUCAUCUGAAAUACAUUUGGGGUCAGUAUAUAAUGUUAUUAAUGGCGUGUGAAUGUGUUUAAUGCUGAUGUCAGUGUAAAAAUAAUACUGAACAGCACUGGUAAGUAAUUAUAAUUGCAAUAAUAAUUCAAGUCAGUAAAAGAAGAACAAUUUUGAACAAUGUACACAAGCUAGCUUGGAUGUCAUUUGAUUGUGCAAGGAUACGUAAUGUUGCAGCUGAUUUGUGGAUAGUUUGUUUUAUAAAUUCAUGACUAUUUCAUGUAUGUAUUCCAGGACAAAAUAUGCAUUUAAUCUCAACAUUACUGUAGAAAAAAAAGACCUUGAAUGUAAAACUGUGCUGCUAUGUGAGCUACAAAAUCACAGCUAUUAAAAAAAAGGCACCUUCUCAUUAUGUGCCCUAAGUUACAAUAGUGCAACUGUAUAACACCUCUGUGCCUUUUUUUUAUAUUAAACGUUGAAUUACUGUAAUGUCCCACUGCUGAAAAAAACAUGUAAUAAAA